AUGGAAGACAUGGGGCGGCCGAGUUAUGGUGGCGGUGGUGACUGGAGGCCAAAGACGGUGAGUGGAAAAUCUAGUUUUGGAAAUCAGAUGUACGCGACAUCGAGUCAGCCUCGUUCACCUGAUUUACCACCGGUUCCGUCUGUCACUCGGCCUAGCCAGGUGGCGGCGAAGCCAUGGGGAUUCAAUGAUCCUGAAAUGAAGAGACGGAAGAGAAUUGCAAAGUACAAAGUGUACACUGUUGAAGGUAGAGUCAAAGCUUCAAUCAGAAAUGGAUUCCGUUGGAUCAAGAACAAGUGCUCUGAACUCAUCCAUGGCUACUAG